AUGGGAAGACGCUAUUUUCGUAACCAAAACUACAAGAAACUCAAGGCUGAAUGCUGUCGUAAAAAGAAUCUUUUUGUGGACAUUGAAUUUCCACCGACGAACACGUCGUUAUUCCUGGACGAAGGCAAUCAGCAUAAGGANCUUGAAUUAGCUGAUGAUCCGAAAUUAUUUGUGGAAGGCGCAACGCCGAAUGAUGUUACUCAAGGAAUCCUGGGAAACUGUUGGUUUGUUUCCGCAUGCUCAGCGCUUACCCACAACGAAGCAUUGCUUAAUAAGGUAAUACCAGACGCAAAGGAGCAGGAAUGGUCACCAACAAACGCAUAUUGCGGUAUAUUUCGGUUUUGUUUCUGGCGUUUUGAUGAAUGGAUUGAAGUUGUUGUUGAUGAUUUAUUGCCGACACGUGAUGGAAAGCUUCUGUUUGCACGUUCAAAGACACCCAACGAAUUUUGGAGUGCACUCUUGGAAAAAGCUUUCGCUAAGCUUUACGGUUGUUACGAGAAUCUUGUUGGGGGUCAAUUGGCCGAUGCAUUGCAAGACGUGUCUGGUGGUGUAGCAGAAACGUUAAACGUUGCUAGAUUAGUUGGUAACGACAAGAGCGAUUCUGAGGAUCAUCUCUUCCACAGGAUUAAAGCCGCAUUCGAUCAAAAAGCACUCAUCGUCGCUGCAAUCGCUGUACGCUCAAUGUGA